UGUAUAACAAACAAAAUAUUAUACCUACAACUAAUUUGGAUAAGUGCCCAAACACUGGUUUUAAAAUAGAUUAAAACGCAGCUUAGAAAUAUAUUUUAAAAAGGAAAAUUUUAAAAUUAUCAGGAACACUCAUAUAGAAAAUACUAGUGAAAUGGCAUUUUGUGACCGCACCAAGGCCAAGGGUUACUUUAUACCCUUCAAAGAGGUCUUCAAAAGCACACGAACGGGGAUCUGUCAAGCUACAACAGUGGCAAAACUUUCUGAUGAGCUCGCCAAGUGGAGAACUGCAACACUUUCUGAUGAGCGUGCCAAGGGGGCAACUAUGCUGAAAGCCCAGGAAGCAGCGAAUAGCUGUGGCUGUACCUUCCCAUUGUCGCCUGAUUCGCAUCGUAUUGGAAUGCAGAAAGGAUCGCCUGAGAAUGCCAUGUACAAGGAUGUUCGCUUGAACAUUAAGAUUCCAAGAUCCCCAAAAUUCGAUAAAGAAAUAAAGAAGAUAAAGCGCAUGACAAAGGGUUCCUCGUCUAUGCAAAAAUAUACGUCCCCACCAACAUCUGAAAGUGCUCGUAUAACCAUUAAGCGAUCGGUGGUUGCCCGCAGAUCUCCCCUCUCAUCAACGCCUAAAAAGACAACUAAGAGCAAAACUGGUAAAAGCAUUAGGCGAUCGAGUAUACAAAAAUCUCCGUGUACGCCUUUGACUGGGAGUCCACCGAAAAUCAUUAAGCGCGCUUUAAAGAGCCACAAGUCUUCCUCCAAGAAGGAGACCCCGAUAUCUGUUUCUACAACAUCCCCAAAUGUGACACCUAAUAAGGCUCCUCGCAUGGGCAUAAAGCGAUCACCGCAGCUGCAAAAAUCUUCAUCUGUACAAUCGCAUAAGCGGAUAUUAGGUGGAAAUAAUCGCUUGAUGAUUAUACAACCCUUGGAGGUGGACAAAUUUGAAUUUUCUUCAUCCCCAGAUGUGUCCCCUAAUAAAGAUUCUCGCAUGGGCAUAAAGCGAACACAAAAGAUGCCAAAGCCUUCACCUCCAGGUGAAAAUAAUCGCAAGAAGAAUUACCAAGAGUUACAGAAAUCUCCUGUCCUUGUUACGACUGGAGAUAGUCCCAAGCCGAAGAAGGGAUUGUUGAAAACCAACAAGUCUCCAGAGGGUAUAUUUAAACAAAAUCGUCGCACGAACCUGAAGCACAGAACGGAGAUUCUCAAGUCCCCAACAACCAUAUCGUCGGAUGAGAGGUUAACUGGAUCCCCGGAGUUUUAUCCAAUGUCAUCGCCUGAAAUGAACUAUAAUAGCGAUAUCAUGUCAUCGCUUUCGCCAUUUUCCACCCCUUCCUCUGCCGACGCUUCUACUGGGCCUUAUCGUAUGACCAGAAGACGAUCUGCAGAAUUCCAUAUAUCACCAUACGAAUCGUCACCGGAAUCAUGUGCAGGCAACAAGAAGCGCUCCAUUUAUGAUUCGACAUCCGAUGAGCUACGUAAUAGGAAACGCCUUUUGAAUUUAAUGCAUGAAUCAUAUUUGCGCAGGACAUCUUCCUCCUCAAUGCCAGAGGAUGAGGACUCCAUCGAUUUCGAUACGCCCACCAACGUCAAGCGAAAUCUGGAGACUAACAAACAUUUCCAAAUGUCCUCAAAGUCCCAGAAGGAAAUAGAACAGAAGAAUUGCAAUGUCAAGUCCUGCAACUGGACCUUCGACGACUGGUUGGCAUACAAGAAAAAGCAACGUCAGGCGGAGUUGAAGCGACAGGAGGAAGAACGCGCCUACCGGGAUUUCUGGACGGCCAAGCGUAGGGAAAUUUCAGAGGGUGCCCAUCAAUCGUGGCUGAAGAAAAAGCAGCGUGAGGAGGAGGCAAAACGCGUACAGAAUCACAUGCAGCUGGCGGCUCUAAAUGCCAGCAAUUCGCUGAAGAAUAAUCCCAUUAAAGCAGCUCCGGCCAAACCCAAACGCAAUGUAUCCCAGGAAAUGAUCAAGCAGGAGCUCGAAUCAUGGCACUUGAAGAAGAUCGAGAUCGAGAAGGCCAAGCGCAAGGAGCAACAACUGGCGCUGCUUAAGCAAGAAGAGGAACAGUUCAAUCGCCAAAGAAAGUCCGAAAUGGCCUUCAAGAAGUGGUUCAGUACUGUCCACGCAAAGCCCAAGCCGGUGCCAAUGAAUCAGGGACUGGACUCGUUGCGUGGCACCAUCUCAAAGCUGUAUGUGAAUCCCCAACCCUGGGUUACAGUUUAACACAGAAAAAUUGAAAAUUGUAAAAAAU